ACACGAACGCGGCCAAAAGCUUCAACCCGAAACGGUUUCUUAUAACGUCAACCAAAAACGACCGCGAAAUUUUGUUCUUUUAUUUAAAUUAAUAUAAUAAAUAACUUUAAAAUAAAAGAUCUGUGUUGUAAUUGAAAAUGCCUAUUCUUAUAAAAACACCUGGUGCCGACUCGGAUAUACCUGAAUGGGCAAUUAUUGAGCUUCAAGGUGAUCUUGAAUCUCGAGAGGAUGGUGAUAUAGCCAAUCUUUUUGUUGGUGAUCUAUACUAUAACAAAUUUGGCCAACCGAUUAUGAUCAUUGGGCAUCAUAUGAUCCAUGGAAGAGAACAAAAACUUGAAAAGCCUUAUGCCGUAUUGGAGAAGACAAAAUCGAAUGAAGGUGAGAAUCUUAGUGAGACCAUAGAUGUUGCCGAGGCGAGCACUUUAAAUGCAACUGCUGAUCAGACACUUCUCGAUUCAACGACAUUAAUUGAAAAUAAAACAAUCCAACGAACCGAGUAUAAAGUGAGGGCACUUGUUACAAAAAAAUUACUAUUUAAAUCUCGUCCUAAGCCCAUUAUUGCUCUUCAAGAAAAGGAAGAUGCUUAAGAAUUAUAUAUGUUGAGUAGAUUAGAUAAUAAAUUAAUUUUUUAUAUGUGUAUUAAA